CCAUGGACGUCAGGUGGCCCACGCUAUAUUCAAGCGAUGGGAGCCCAUGCGCCUUGAUGUUGUCUCGCCUCUGUUACUCUUCGUCCCUGCAGUCGUGUCGACACUCCUCAUCUCCCAUUUUGGUGCUCUCACAGGGCUUGUCCUGGGCUUCUCGACCUACUACACUACCCUGCUUUCGUCCAUCGUCAUCUACCGCCUUUCCCCCUUCCACCCAAUUGCUCAGUACCCAGGACCGCUACUGGCCAAGGUCAGUAAGUUCUACCACGUCUCGAAGACCUACUCGGGGAAGCAGCAACAAUACAUGAGGCAGCUGCAUGACAGAUACGGCGACAUUGUUAGAAUCGGUCCAAAUGAGGUGAUCAUACGUGAUGCGUCGUGUAUUGUGCCCCUUCUAGGAACACAAGGCUGGCCCAAGGGACCCAUGUACGAGGGGAGGCACCUCUGGCCAGUGAUCCCUUCUUUGGUUGGCUUGCGGGACUCGAAGGAGCACCAGCGUCGCCGUCGCACAUGGACUCGAGCCUUCAGCACUGCUGCUGUGAAGGACUUCGAUCCUGUUAUUCAGCAUCGUGUUCACGGAUUGGGUGAAGGGCUUGGCGCUCGGCAGGGAGAGGUACUUGAUCUCUCAGAGUGGCUUGGUUUUUUUACAUACGACUUUAUGGGAGACUUGGUAUACGGUGGAUGGACCGAAAUGAUGCGCGAGGGUGGAGACCGUGAUGGCCUGUGGAAGGUCCUCAACGCAGGCACAAAAGUCUGCUUCGUUUACGAGCAUGUCCCGUGGCUGUCUUAUUAUGUGAAGAAGCUUCCAAGAGGCGUUGAAGCUAUCAAGAAGAUGCGUGCAUUGGCAUUUAGUCAGGCAGAGAAACGGUACAACUCAGGCUCUACGUCAAGGGACUUGUUCUAUUACUUGGGCAAUGAAGACGGUGCAGAGAAGGUCAACCCCCCUAAGCCCUUGGUCAUUUCAGACGGUCUUCUUGCCAUGCUUGCCGGCGCAGAUACCACAAGCACUGUCCUUGCCAGUAUAUUCUACUGUAUCUUGCUCCACCCAGAGGCGUACAAACGUCUGCAAGCUGAGGUCGAUAAAUUUUAUCCACCGGGAGAAGAUUCACUUGACCUCAAGCACUUGCAUGAGAUGCAGUACCUGGACGCCGUCAUCAUGGAGGGUCUGCGGCUCUUCCCUCCAGCACCAAGCGGCAGCCAACGUGCACCUGAGCCUGGCACAGGUGGGAAGGCCAUCGGUCCAUACUACAUCCCCGAAGGGACACAGGCGCGAGUGAGUUGGUUGUGCGUCCACCGCGACCCGCGCAACUUCUCGUAUCCGGAGAAGUACUGGCCUGACCGCUGGCUAAUUGCCGAGGGUCUGCAGACGCACACAGAGAAGAUCGUGCACGACCCGAACGCGUGGGUACCUUUCUCGUUUGGUCCUUUUAACUGCGUCGGCAAGAAUCUCGCGAUGCAGGAGAUGCGCGCCCUUAUCUGCCAUCUCAUGCAGCAGUUCAACUUCCGCUUCGCGGAUGGAUACGAUCCUGCGCAGUUUGAGCGCGACAUUGAAGAUAGGUUCAUUGUCGCUGUCGGGCGGUUGCCUGUGAUCGUCGAGCGGAGGAGUUAGUGUCUCUGCCAUCUUCUGUCUCCUACCCGCUUGUGUAUAUCAUUUCAAACAGACAUGCAAUCUGUUGUAUACUUAGUCUUUUUACAUGCUAUCAAAUUCGC